AGUGCGUUUGCGAGGGAUUCAGUGCCGAGGGUGGAGGCGAUUCGCAGUCUCCCUCUCUGCUCUGCCCUGCCCCUGUUGCUUUGUCCUUAACGAGUUGGGCAUUCCCCGCUCGCUCGGCGGGUGGAGGAACUGGGCUGGAAACUUUCCCUGGGCGAGAUGUGACCAAGUUUCCACCAGCUCCCUGCUGCUGCUGCUGCUGCUGCUGCGUCUUCCGCCCCGUCUCUCUGCGAUACAGUUGGGGAUGCUGGGCGCAAAUCACUGGGAUAAAAAGUUUGUGAAACUUCCAGCGGCUGGAGCGAGAUGAUGCAAGGGAGGGUGAACCGACUUUUUAAGAAGGACCUGCAUGUGGCUGAGACGAUGCAGAGGUACAAAGGUGCGGCUUGCGACCCCGAGCCCGAUGUCGGGCAGACUCCCCUGAGUGAAGUCACCGACAAGACACUGGAUGCUAAACCAAAGGAUAUUGAACCAAUCGACUACGAGAAUGUCUUACUGCAGAAGAAAGCACAAAUUAUUAGUGAUCCACUACGGGAUAUGCUGCUUUUUCCAAAUGAGGAUUUCCAGAUCAAGAUCUUGAAACGCCACGGGCGAACACUGUGCUCCACGGUGCCAGAGAAUGCAAGGAGGGAAGCUCAAAGCUUGCUCGUCACAGAAUGUAUCAAGACCUACAACUCUGACUGGCACCUCAUCCACUACAGAUAUGAGGACUACUCAGGAGACUUCAGGAAGCUGCCAAACAAAACUCCAAGACCAGAGAAGCUUCCUGUCCACGUGUUUGAAGUCGAUGAGGACGUUGACAAAGACGAGGACACAGCAUCCCUGGGGUCACAGAAAGGAGGCAUAACAAAGCAAGGAUGGCUGCAUAAGGGAAAUAUCAACAGUGCAAUCAGUGUUACCAUGCGGUCUUUCAAGAGACGGUUUUUCCACUUGACCCAGCUCGGGGAUGGCUCGUACAUUCUCAAUUUUUACAAAGACGAGAAAAUCUCCAAGGAACCAAAGGGCUCAAUCUUCCUGGAUUCGUGCAUGGGAGUGGUACAGAACAACAAAAUACGGCGAUAUGCCUUCGAACUGAAGAUGCAAGACAAGAGUAGUUACCUGUUGGCAGCUGACAGUGACCUGGAGAUGGAGGAGUGGAUCGGAUCGCUGAAUAAAAUCCUGCAAAGUACUUUUGAGGCUGCCAUGCAAGAGAAGAGGAAUGGCGACUCGUCGGAAAUUUCAGAUGAUGAACUACCUUGUCUGGGGAAGACAGAACACCUAACUAGCUGGGAAAGCAUGCACUAUGAACUCACAAAGAGCACAAGAGAAAUAGAAGCCAAAAAAAAUGAAGGCAGAUUAAAGCUUUUCAUGCUGGAUGCAGACUCUCAGAAACUUGACUUCUCCAGUAUCGAACCAGACGUGAAACCCUUUGAGGAAAAGUUUGGAAUGCGAUUUUUGGUGAAAUGCAACGACUUAUUCUUCAAUCUGCAAAGCUGUGUGGCUGAAAAUGAGGAGGGUCCCACCACAAAUGUGGAGCCUUUCUUUGUCACGCUGGCCCUCUUCGACAUCAAGGACAAUCGGAAGAUCUCGGCUGACUUCCACGUGGAUCUGAAUCACCCGAGUGUGCGAUACAUGCUGUCAAACUCCACGGCCACGAUGAACGGUGGCGAGGGAUUGGCGUCAUCCCAGAAAUCCAUCAACGGCAUUCCUGAGAACCUGUUGCAGUACCCGAAACAGGGCAUUUUCUCUGUCUCCUGCCCUCAUCAAGACAUAUUUCUUGUCGCUCGGGUGGAGAAGGUUCUACAGGGAGGCAUCACCCAGUGUGCAGAACCCUACAUGAAGAGCUCAGAUUCAGCCAAGGUUGCACAGAAAGUAUUGAAAAAUGCCAAGCAGAUGUGCUCCAGACUCGGGCAGUAUCGCAUGCCAUUUGCCUGGGCUGCAAGACCUAUCUUCAAAGAUGCUCAAGGGACACUUGACAAGAAUGCACGAUUCUCCACACUUUAUAGGCAAGAUAGCAAUAAGCUCUCCAACGAAGACCUGCUCAAGUUGUUGUUGGACUUCAGGAAACCGGAGAAGAUGUCUAAACUUCCAGUUAUUUUGGGGAACCUGGACAUCACCAUUGACAAUGUGACUCCCGAUUUUCCGAGUUGUUUGAACUCUUCAUACAUCCCAGUGAAGCAUUUUGAAAAUAGCUCUAAGGUCUUGGUUACUCACGAGGUGGAGGAAUUUUUUCCUUGUACAGCAAAGCUUUCUCAACCGUUUACCAUUUACAACAAUCAUCUCUACGUUUACCCAAAACAUCUGAAGUAUGACAGUCAAAAAUCAUUCGCAAAAGCGAGGAACAUUGCUGUUUGCCUGGAGUUCAGGGACUCUGAUGAGGAAGAGUCACAGCCUCUGAAGUGCAUAUACGGGAGACCCGGAGGUUCUGUAUUUACGAAAUGGGCCUUCUCCGUGGUGUUGCAUCAUCAUCACAACCCAGAGUUCUAUGAUGAGGUUAAAGUGGAGCUCCCAACACAACUCCACGAGAAGCAUCAUUUGUUGUUCACCUUCUAUCACGUCAGCUGUGACAACUCGAGCAAAGGCACCACCAAGAAGAAAGAGACUAUUGAAUCUCAAGUUGGUUAUGCCUGGCUACCCAUUCUGAAAGAUGGUCGGGUGGUUACCAAUGAUAAUCAGAUCUCUGUCUCAGCCAAUCUACCUGUUGGCUACUUAAGCUACCUGGAGCUGGGAAUGGGAAAGCACACUGGUCCUGAAAUCAAAUGGGUAGAUGGAGCCAAACAUAUUUUCAAAGUUGCCACACACCUAGUGUCGACGGUCUACACCCAGGACCAGCACCUCAACAACUUCUUCCAGUAUUGCCAGAAGUGUGAUUCUGGAGCCCAAGCUUCUGGAUCCGAACUUGUCAAAUUCCUGAAGAGUUUACAUGCGAUGGAAGGCCAUGUGAUGAUCAACUUCCUGCCCACAAUCCUGAACCAGUUGUUUCGUGUUCUUGCCCGGGCUUCACACGAAGAGGUUGCAGUUAAUGUCACCAGGGUUCUAGUCCACAUCGUUUCCCAGUGUCACGAGGGGUUGGAGCAAUAUCUGAGGUCCUACAUUAAGUUUGUUUUCAAAACCGAACCUUGGAAUUCCUCAAAGUGCAAGACUGUUCACGAAGAGUUGACCAAAUCCAUGACGGUUCUGCUGAAGACAACGGCUGACUUUCUCACCUGCAACAAACUGCUCAAGUAUUCUUGGUUCUUCCUGGAGGCGUUAAUAAAAUCAAUGGCACAGCAUCUUAUAGAAACCAGCAAACUGAAGUUAUUCCGGAACCAGCGAUUCCCUGCCUCGUAUCAACACACGGUGGAGACGCUGGUUAACCUGUUAAUGCCACACAUCACGCAGAAGUACAAAGACAAACCAGAAGAAGCUCGUAAUGCGAACCACAGCCUCGCUGUCUUUAUUAAGAGGUGCUUCUCACUGAUGGACAGAGGAUUUGUUUUCAAGCAAAUCAACAAUUACAUAAAAUGGUUCAGUCCGGGAAAUCCGAAGACACUCUUUGAGCUGAAGUUUGAAUUCCUGCGGGUUAUUUGCAACCAUGAACACUUCAUUCCCCUAAACUUGCCCAUGCCGUUUGGGAAAGGCAGAGUUCAGAGGUACCAAGCAUUUCUUUCGCCAACUGUGGAGUCUUGUUCUGCCUCUAUAGACUUGCAGCUCGACUUUACCUUGUCCGACGACUUCUGCAAAAACCACUUCCUGGUGGGACUGCUCAUGCGGGAGGUUGGCAGCGCCCUGCAGGAGUACCGAGACGUGCGUCAGAUGGCCAUCAGCGUGCUGAAGAGCUUGAUGAUCAAGCACACCUUCGACGACCGAUACACAGCCAAGAGCCAGCAGGCCAGGAUCGCCACUUUGUACUUGCCGCUGUUUGGGCUUCUGCUGGACAACGUUCAACGUAUUAACGUCAAAGACUGCUCACCGUUCCCAAUCAACCAGUCCAGCAAUGGCAGGAAAGAAGAUGCUUUGCUUGGCUUCCAGACGGGAACAAUCACCACAACUCCACAGAGAUCGGGAAACUCACUGGAUAACAGCAUUCACAGGGAUGUUUUUGGUGUCAUUUCUGGCACAGCCUCUCCACAUGGUUCCACCACUCCAUCCAUCAACGCUGUGAGACAUGCUGACUCCAGAGGCUCCCUGAUAAGCACGGACUCGGGCACCAGUCUCCCUGAACGGAGCGCAGAGAAGAGUAACUCCCUGGAUAAGAGAGAAAGGCUUGUAAGAAGGCACUCGGCUUUGGCAAUGCUGGCUAACCAGGAGACUGAGGAAAGUUCAAAGUCUGCACGGAGGAAAUGUGUUACCUUGGAUUUUUCUGUUUUAUCCAUCCCAGCUCUACCAGAGAGAAUUCUGCAUGCUGCCCUUUCUCUCCAGUUCCAUGAAAACCACGGUUGUGUUGGGAGCUGCGUCGUGCGCUGUGACAAGUUGGAGCAGUUGGAGAUCAGGAGUCUCCUCAUGUGCUUCCUGUACGUACUGAAGAGCAUGUCUGACGAUGCGCUGAUUACCUACUGGAACAAAGCUGCUACUCCCGAGAUGAUGGACUUUUUUACGAUCUUAGAAGUCUGUCUCCAUCAGUUCCGCUACAUGGGGAAACGAUACAUUGCAAGGAACCAAGAGGGGUUAGGACCCAUGAGUAUUACACAUGACAAGAGAGCUCAAACGUUGCCUGUUUCUCGCAAUAGAGCAGGAAUGAUGCAUGCCAGAUUACAGCAGCUGAGCAGCCUGGAUAACUCUUACACUUUUAACCACAGCUACGGACAUUCUGACGCUGAUGUUAUUCAUCAGUCACUCUUGGAGGCCAACAUCGCGACAGAAGUAUGUCUGACUGUGCAGGACAUAAUGUCUUUGUUCACCCACGUCUUUAAGGGCCAGCUGCUCGCCGAGCACGGACACAACGCUCUGAUGAAGAAGGUUUUUGAUGUCCACCUCUGUUUCGUGAGGAUCAACCAGUCAGAGACGGCGCUGAAGUCUGUCUUUGCCGCUCUGCGGAACCUGGUAUACAAGUUUCCCUCCAUGUUCUUCGAAGGCAGGGCUGACAUGUGCGCAGCGAUGUGCUACGAGAUCUUGAAGAGCUGCAACUCCAAGCUGAGCACCAUCCGAGGAGACGCAUCCACGCUCCUCUACUUCCUGAUGAGGAACAACUUUGAGUGGACAAGGAGGAGGUCCUUUGUCAGGACUCACCUGCAGGUGAUCAUUGCAGUCAGCCAGUUAAUAGCUGAUGUGAUUGGAAUUGGAGGAACACGAUUCCAGCAGUCGUUGGCUAUUAUUAACAACUGUGCCAACAGUGACAGAGCUGUAAAGUGUACAGGAUUCCCGUCUGAGGUCAAAGACUUAACCAAACGCAUUCGCACAGUGCUGAUGGCCACCGCUCAAAUGAAAGAGCAUGAAAAUGAUCCGGAAAUGCUGGUGGAUCUGCAGUACAGUCUGGCAAAGUCCUACGCGAGCACUCCAGAAUUGAGGAAAACCUGGCUGGACAGCAUGGCAAAAAUCCACGUCAAGAACGGGGAUCUCUCCGAGGCAGCCAUGUGCUACGUCCAUGUGGCAGCUCUGGUGGCGGAAUACCUCAGGAGGAAAGGUAUAUUUAAACAAGGCUGCUCGGCGUUUAAGGUGAUCACACCCAACAUUGAUGAGGAAGCAGCAAUGAUGGAGGAUGGAGGAAUGCAAGAUGUCCACUACAAUGAGGAUGUGUUGAUGGAGCUUUUGGAACAGUGUGCAGAUGGACUCUGGAAAGCAGAGCGUUACGAACUUAUUACCAAUGUUUACAAACUGAUUAUUCCGGUCUAUGAGGAAAGGCAGGAGUUUGAGAAACUUGCCCACCUCUACGAAACGCUCCAUCAGGCAUACAAGAAAAUCGCGGAGGUCACACACACGGGAAAGCGGCUUCUUGGCACCUACUUUCGAGUUGGCUUUUUUGGGCAGGCAGCGCAGUACCAGUUUACAGACAGUGAGAGAGAUGUGGAGGGCUUCUUUGAAGAUGAGGAUGGAAAGGAGUACAUCUAUAAAGAGCCAAAGCUGACUCAGCUGUCUGAGAUCUCCCAGCGCCUCAUGAAGCUUUAUUCAGACAAGUUUGGCUCGGAGAAUGUAAGGAUAAUCUAUGAUGAUGGAAAGGUCAAUCCAAAAGACCUGGAUGCAAAGUUUGCCUACAUUCAAGUCACGUAUGUGACGCCGUUUCUCGACGAGAAGGAAAUGCAGGACAGGAAAACCGAUUUUGAGAAAAGCCACAACAUUCAGCGGUUUGUUUUUGAGAUGCCUUUCACGGUCUCAGGAAAGAAGCAAGGAGGGGUGGAUCAGCAGUGCAAGCGAAGAACCAUCCUAACCACUAUGCACUAUUUCCCCUAUGUGAAGAAGCGGAUCCCUGUGAUGUAUCAGCAGCACAUAGACCUGAAUCCCAUUGAGGUUGCAAUCGACGAGAUGAGCAAUAAAGUGUCGGAGCUGCAGAUACUGUGUUCCUCUUCUGAUGUUGAUAUGAUCAAACUGCAGCUCAAACUCCAAGGCAGUGUCAUCGUACAGGUCAAUGCUGGGCCAUUAGCCUACGCCAGGGCCUUCCUGGAGGAAGCCAAUGUGAAGAAGUACCCGGACAAUAAAGUCAAGCAGCUGAAGGAGGUGUUCAGGCAGUUUGUUGAAGCUUGUGGGCAAGCCUUGGUCAUAAACGAACGUUUGAUCAAGGAAGACCAGCUGGAGUAUCAAGAAGAGAUGAAGAGCAACUACAGGGAUAUGGUUCGUGAGUUGUCCAACAUCAUGCAUGAGCAGAUUUCGCUGGCGGACGAUGGGAUGAAGAUCAGCCACCUGCCCGACUCGUAUCACAUCUUCAACGCAAUCAGUGGAACAGCGGGUGGGACUGUAGUCCAGGGCAUCUCGAACUCGUCCUCCAUGGUUUGAGCGCCAAGGGUUACCAGCGGCGGUCUUUCCUUGCAUGUUUUCACUCAGGAUACUUCUCAUGCAGGAUGGCAGAUGAGUUCCGCCUUACCUUUCGAAAAGCCAGGCCAACUGGGUUGUGAACCCAAAAGAAAUCACGUUUUGCACAUUUGAGCUCUGAUCCAGAGAAUGCAAUUGAAUUUUAAGUGUUCUCCGAGGAACUUUGCUAGUCCGCAUUAAACUGUACAUAUUUUAGUAUUCCGUGGUGGAACUGGCUCCAUUGCUUUGCUACUCAAACCUGUCUUAAAAGUAUAGACUUUGUAUGUUUAAUAUAUUAGAAAACAAAACAGGGAAUAAUGUUAGCACCAAUAUUUUUGCUGUCUGUUUACACAUAUCUAUUACCUGUAUAUAGUUAUUAAAAACAAGGUGGCAUAAGGAAGUUGUAUUCCGAAUAGGAUAUGUGGUCUCAUGCAACAGAAUUUAAGAUUAUAGUUAAGCUGUGUUUAAAAAAAAAAUUGGGUUCAGCAUAAUAGACUCUGUGCAGGUUACAGGAGUGUUAGUAUAUAUCAGGCAGGACUGAAUGACUUCUGGUGAAAUUCAAUGCUUUUGGCACGUGUUGUCAUGCAUAAACAUUUAAUGCAUGUAGCUUUGCAUUUCUCACAGCUGUCUCCCUGAUAAUGGCAGUGAUGUUCCACCACAGUGCACUAAUGAGCCUAAAUGUAAAAUUAUUCCAGUGUACAGUUGUUAUCUGUUCAGUCACCAGGUGCGUGGAGCUUUCUGUACACAGUCGCGUUUGUAGUAAAAGUAUUUUCAUGAGCUGUAAUGUUGAACAAUAUAGAGAUUCACCAGAGACUAGCAUUAUUGCCUUGCCUAUAACAAAGAAAAGUGUCACUGAGGGAACGUUGAAUCAGGGUAUUUUAACUUCUCCAGUGACAUGCACAGUAUAUUUUACAAAUGCCCUUUGUUUUUACUCUUGUACAUUAUUGAGUGCAAUAUUCAUCAUUAAGCUUUAUCCCAGAUGUACACAGUCUUUGGUAUGUUUUUUGAUAAAAGAAUCUCACAUAGCAUAUACCUUUUCUUUGCCAAAGUGACAGAAAAUUAUCAGCAAUCAUUUUUACUUUUUAUUUGUCUAACUUAAAUCAUUAUACCAUCAGAAUUGUUUUUGAAAACAUUAAUGAAAUUUUAUAUUUGGGGGAAAGUUAAGGAUUUUAAUUUUAUUUAAACUGGAACUAUUGUCCUGCUGUAUGUAAAUUUAAAUGUUGUAACAAAAGUUUGCUCAUUCAUUAUCCAGCUGUUUUGUUUUGUACAUGUGGCUUUGUCCAAUAAAUAUUUGCCUUGAGACUUUUCUAA